AUGUCUGUAUCACCAGCACCAUUCAAGACUCUUGAGGGCAAGGUCGCCCUUGUGACAGGUUCCGGCCGUGGAAUCGGUCGAGGAAUUGCUCUUGAGCUUGCCGCCCGUGGUGCAAGCGUUGUUAUCAAUUAUGCCAAUUCUGCCGGACCGGCUGAGCAGGUCGUCAAGGAGAUUGAAGAGCUCGGCAGCAAGGGAUUUGCUAUCAAAGCCGAUGUCUCUAAGGUUCCAGAAGUUCGACGCCUUUUCCAGGAGGCCAAGGCACACUUCGGUAAAAUCGACAUUGUUAUGAGCAAUUCAGGUACUGAGAUCUUCAAGGAGGAAGAAGAUGUCACCGAGGAAGAUUACGAUAAAGUUUUCGGCCUUAACACCAGAGCACAAUUCUUCGUUGCUCAACAGGCUCUCAUCCACCUCGAACACUACGGAAGAAUUGUAUUGAUGUCCUCCAUUGCUGCCAAUAUGUCCGGCGUACCAAACCAUGCUUUGUACGCUGGCAGUAAGGCUGCUGUUGAAGGAUUUGUUAGAUCUUUCGCCAAGGAUUGUGGAAAAAAGAAGAUCACUUGCAACGGUAUUGCUCCCGGAGGAAUCAAGACCGAUAUGUACGAGCAAAAUGCAUGGCAUUACGUGCCAGGUGGAACUGAAGGCAUGGAUGUAAAUAUUAUUGACAGAGGACUUGCUGCUGCCUGCUCACUUGGACGUGUCGGUGUUCCAAAGGAUAUCGGAAGAGUUGUAUCAUUCUUGGCAGGUCCUGAGUCUGAAUGGAUCAAUGGACAAAUUCUGCAACUUAACGGUGGUGGAAAGUAA